UCCGGCGCGCAGGCGGAGGUGACGCCGAGGGCGGGCGCUCUUGGUUACCCAGUCGUGGGCUUCAGGUCUGAGGCUGAGUUCCAAAUCUGGACUAGCAGCUGAAGCUGCAGCUAGGCGAGGGUGCAGGUGAAGUCCUCACACGCGGUCUCUCCGGUGAGCAGACGCUAUGCGGCUGGGCUCCGGGGCCUUCGCCGCCAGUUGCGUGGCGAUCGAGGUGCUCGGGGUCGCGAUCUUCCUUCGCGGAUUCUUCCCGGCUUCGGUUCGUUCCUCUUCUCGGACGGGGCAUCAAGCAGAACCCCCGGCGCCCGAGCCCCUAGCCGGAGCCAAUUCUAACUGGACUAAGUUGCCACUGCCUCUCUUCAGUAAAGCUGUCAUUGUGCUGAUAGAUGCCUUGCGAGAUGAUUUUGUGUUUGGAUCAAAAGGUGCAAGGUAUAUGCCUUUUACAACUUAUCUCAUGGGAAAAGGUCCAUCUCACAGUUUUGUGGCUGAAGCAAAGCCACCCACAGUUACUAUGCCUCGAAUCAAGGCACUGAUGACAGGGAGUCUCCCUGGCUUUGUUGAUGUUAUCAGAAACCUCAAUUCUCCUGCACUGCUAGAAGACAAUGUGAUAAGACAGGCAAAAGCAGCCGGCAAGAGAAUGAUCUUUUAUGGAGAUGAAACAUGGCUUAAGUUAUUUCCAAAGCAUUUUGUGGAAUAUGAUGGAACAACCUCAUUUUUUGUGUCAGACUAUACAGAGGUGGAUAAUAAUGUUACAAGGCAUUUGGAAAAAGUAUUAAAAAGAGGAGAUUGGGACAUGUUAAUCCUCCACUACCUAGGGCUGGAUCACAUUGGCCAUGUUUCGGGGCCUGAUAGCCCUCUGAUUGGGCACAAGCUCCGAGAGAUGGAUAGCAUCCUGAUGAAGAUUUACACUGCGCUGCUGACCAAGGAGAGAGAGACUCUUUCACCCAAUUUGCUGGUUCUUUGUGGUGACCAUGGCAUGUCUGAGACAGGGAGUCAUGGGGCCGCCUCAGCAGAGGAAGUGAGGACACCCUUGGUCCUAAUCAGCUCUGCAUUUGAGAGGAAACCUGGUGACAUCCGAUACCCAACACAGGUCCAGCAGACAGAUUUGGCUGCAACACUUGCGAUAGGGCUUGGUUUGCCAAUUCCAAAGGACAGCAUUGGAAGUCUUUUAUUUCCAGUUGUAGAAAGAAGACCAAUGAGAGAACAACUGAGAUUUUUACAUCUAAAUGCAGUACAGCUUAGUAGAUUGUUGCAAGAGAAUGUUCCAUCAUAUGAAAAAGAUCCUGGAUUUGAGCAGUUUAUGAUGGCAGAAAGGCUCCAUGGGAACUGGGUGAGGCUACACUUGGAGGAGGACCAUUCUGGUGCCCUUUUCAACCUGGGGACCAAAGUGGCCAGACAGUAUCUGGGUGCGCUGAGGACCCUGAGCCUGGCACUGAGCAUGCAUGUGGCUCAGUAUGAUGUCUACUCCAUGGCAGUGGGGACCAUCAUUGUUUUGGAGGCUCUCACCCUGCUCCUCCUUAGCACUCCACAGGUGCUGCACAGAAGGGCUGAGCUAGAAGUGCCACUGUCACCUGCCAUGUUUUCUCUGCUCUUCUACCUGAUGUUCCUGAUCCUGUCAGCCAUCCAUGUAGUAGUGUGCACCUCAGUGGAGAGCUCCUGCUACCUCUGCAGCCUCCCGUGGCUGGCAGCUGGGGGCGUGAUGGUGCUGGUUUCUGCACUGCUUUGUGUGAUUGCAUCUGCUCUUGCCAGGAUGGUCAUGGACAGCACUCUCCCAUGGAAGAGUGCAGCCCGCCCCUGCUCAGGAUGGUCGGAAGUGGGCCUCCUCCUCCUGCUUGGCACAGUUGGCCACGUCCUGAGCCUGGGAGCCAGUAGCUUUGUGGAAGAAGAACACCAAACCUGGUACUUCCUGGUCAAUACACUAUGUCUGGCUCUGAGCCAGGAAACCUGCCGGAGCUACUUCCUGAAAGAUGACAGCGAACUGCAGCACCGUUUCCACACACAGCCAGGGACUGUGGGUGCCACUUGCAUCCAACAGGACUGCGUAGCCUGCGAAGCCCCCAAGGCUGGCCAGGCGGGUAAAGGGCCUUGCCCCUCUGGAGCACUCAGAGGUCAUACCCACUGGGCAGUGCUGGCUGGUCCAUGGCUGGUGCUGGCUUUUUGCCGACUGCUAAGGUCCUUGAACCACACAGGGGUCCAGGGAGCUCACCGGCCGGACUUCGGCCACUGGCUCACCAGCUCUAGUCACAAAAUGGAGCUCUCCUGCCUGGCUGCCCUGUCCUUGCUUAUGAUUUUCAUAUUGGUUCAAAGAGAAUGCUCCCUCAUGUCCAAGGUGGCCCUGGCACUAGGGCUGGUGGGUAUCUUCUGCUAUCGGGCAGCUAUUGGGAAUUUGCUGUUCCCAUGGCAACCAGCCAACAAAGGCAUUUCAAAGGGUAUUCUUGAAGCUCGUUUUGUUUAUGUCUUUGUCCUUGGCAUUCUGUUCACGGGCACCAAAGACUUGCUUAAAUCUCAAGUCAUUGCUGCAGACUUCAAAGUCACGACUGUAGGUUUGUGGGAACUAUAUAGUGGAUUAGUUCUUCUGGCAGCAUUGCUCUUAAGACCACAUAAUCUUCCGGUAUUAGCAUUUAGCCUCUUGAUCCAGACCAUCAUGACUAAAUUCAUCUGGAAGCCUCUGAAACACAAUGUAGCUGAGAUAACUGUAAUGCAUUACUGGUUUGGUCAAGCAUUCUUCUAUUUUCAGGGAAACUCCAACAAUAUAGCCACCAUUGAUAUCUCAGCGGGCUUUGUGGGUUUAGACACCUACAUGGAAAUUCCAGCCACAUUCCUGACAGUGUUUGGGACGUAUGUGGGACCUGUGCUGUGGGCUGCCCAUCUGGCACAUUUCCUGAGUGCAGAAGCAAGCAGUGAUUCAGCAAUGGACCGUGCUUGCUUCUGCUAUGUGCUGAUUUGUUCUGUUCCCGUUGCUACAUACAUCAUUUUGGUGACAUCCCUGCGUUAUCACCUGUUCAUAUGGAGUGUAUUUUCUCCAAAACUUCUCUACGAGGGAAUGCAUCUGCUUAUCACAGCCACCCUCUGUGUGCUCUUCACAGCCACAAAUCAGGCCAGCCACACAAGGGCCUGGAUGAAGAUGAAUGCUGGAAAAUAACAAGCUUUUAAAGUUUGCUGUUUGAAUCAUGGAUUUGAGUAUUGAAGCAUCUAUUCAAUGCAAGAUCAUUUUUAAGAAAUGAAUCCUAUGAAGUUGAUAAACAGCUUCAGUUGAACUUGAAUUUAAUUAAACAGUAAGUAGUUUAAUAAAAGAUUACUUCAAAAUACAGAAUGUAUUGUAUUUUCCCGAUUGAUCAUCUUAGAAACUUCUGAAAUUUUAAGUUCUUCUAGAUAAGUUAUAUGUUUAAGUCAUAAACAAAAGGAUUGAUCUUUGUCUUGGAGUGUGGGAUCUCAGCAAGGUACAGGAGCCCUGUGGGGAGAGGGACAGAUUUAAUCCACCAAGCCCAGGUACUUUUGUAUAUGAGAUGUGCUUGUUAGUGUUGCUGGCAUUUGGAAUGAAAACUAAGUCAAUUCAAAGAAAUUAUUCAUUUGAAAAUAAUCUAUUGUGUGUUAAUAUAACAUUUUUAAGAAAAAUAACUUUUCCAAAACAAAAAUAUUUAGUGAGAAUGUAUUGUCAUACAGUUUUGUUUGUUUUGUUUUGGUAUCGGGGAGCAAACUCACGACCUCAUGCUUGCAAAGCAGGUGCUUAUGCUGCUGAGCUAAAUCUCCAGCCCUGUCAUACAUUUUUGUAAAUCUGUUUAGCAUUAGGCUCAAUAGAAAACAGUUGGAUCUGCAUUUAAUCUGUUGUAACUUACGCUUGGUUAAAAAACAAGAAGCAGGGCCAGGGAUUUAGCUCAGCGGCAUAAGUGCCUGCCUGGCAAGCGUAAGGUCAUAUGUUUGCUCCCAAGUACCAAAAAAAAGUACAAAAAGCCAGCCUAUACAGACCUCUGGGUGGAACAAAAGCAGAGUGUCUGCAUUUAUUGUGGGUCUUCUGUUCUGAUACAAUACUUGGUCAUCCUUCUGUUCCCAGUUACAAGCUUUCUAUGGAAUUACCAUCAUGAUUUGUGAUGUGUAUGUUUCGUUCUGUAAUUUACACAAUUGAUUGGUUUUGCUUCUGAAGAAAAUGACCCAUAGCCCACCCUUGAUCCUUCCCACAGCUGAGUUCUUUGAAUUCUUCACUUUCUUUCCUCUGCUUGCAGGAUGAAUUUUAUGCCCUAAUAAUUUUGGCAGAAAAGGCUCAAGAUCCUGAGUCCCUGAAUGUUCUUUAACAUUCUCCUAGCAAAGUGGCCAGGUCAGCAGCUUUUCCCCUGGGAACAUGGGAACUGCUGUUCUCCAUCAUCACCUGUGGCUGUGCAUGAUUCAAGAUCAGACUGAGCUCCUCUCUCACACGUGACUUACUUUACUGUUUCUCCUUUCUUCUUCUCUCUGUCCCUUCCCUCUUUGCCGUACUUCUUUCAUCUUUGUCUUUGCAGAUCUUACUUUAUCCUUCCUCUCUGUUGUUUUCUGUGUAGUCAUUGUUUUUCUUUCCAUUCAAAAAUUUCCAAUGAAAGUAUUUCUUAAUAUACAGAUAGUUAAUACCUAAUUUACAAAUAUGUAAGAUUUUUAUCAUUUUGUAAAAUUGUUCUUUUUUCUCUUAAUCACAGCAUAUCUCCCACUUAACAUCAACAUUGCAUUAUGAAAAUCUGUGAUUUCUUGCUAAGACACUUUCUGGUCCUCUAUUUCCCAUUAUUUUAAAUGGAAGCUGGAAUAAUCUGUUGAUGCAAUAUGUCUUUUUCCGAAAGUGUAACCAAACAGCAAAACACGUUAGCUUACAAACUCUUAGAAAGGUCUGUGCUAAUCACAGACAGUGCCAGUGGUGACAAACAGGACUUCCAUGCACCACUUGAAUCUGUUGGUACCUUUCAGUGUCUAAAGACAUAGAAGUCUGUUCGUUACAUUUGUAAAGCAACAAGAGAGUUUUCCCACUUAUAUAUAUUGUUGUUAAAGAUAACAUUUAUUGAGUUUUAGGGAAAGAUACAUGCAACCUAUGAAUUUACAUGUUAGAAAGGCCUUAAUCUUUUUAUUUUUAAAUUGUAUUUUAAAGAGACUAAAAAGAUAAACAGUGAAACUGAGUAUCAAAACAAGUUAGUGGGACAGUUAAAACAGUUGAUACAUUGCAUAUUGUUGUCUUCAUAGUAGUUAUAUAAAGCCUCUUCAAGAUAGGCAUUAUAUCUUGUCUAAACAAUAUUAACAUAAAACAUUCUUUUCAAGGAGCAAAUAGAAACCAGCUGUGUAAUUAUCCUAACUGACUUGCAUAUAUAUAUAUAUUUUUUUCCCUUUCUUCCUUUCCCAUUUCCCAGUUUGUCUUUUCUUUUGAACAGUUUUGUUCCAUUUCACAGUAUCUAUUGUACAUUUCAAAUCCUAUUUACUUACUCAGUUUCUCACACUACUGAGACAAUACAAUUUUUACACAGAUGGGUCCAAUUAAUUUCACUUACGAGUAUAGUCUUGAGUUGCAUCCAUUUAUCUAUAAGAGUCUUCAGUUUAUCCUUCUUUAUAGCAGAGUAGUAUAAAAAGACCACAGCUUUUUAUCCGUUCCAUGAUUAUGAGCAUUUGGAUUGUUUCCAAGAUUUAGCUAUUACAAAUUGUGCUGCUAUAAACAUGGGGGUCCAUAUAUCGCUGCAUAUGAUGUUUUUAAUUCUUCUAGGAAAAUAUCCACAAGGAGACUAGCUGAGUCAAAUGGGACUUCAAAUCUUAGUUUUUUGAGGAAUCUCCACACUGAUUUCCACAUUGCUUAUACCAAUCUGUACUCCCACCAACAGUGGAAAAGGGUUCCUUUUUCCUCAUCACACCUCCAGCAUUUGUUAUUGGUUGAUUUCUUGAUGAAGCCAUUCUUUCUGGAGAGAGAUAGAAACUUAGUGUUUAAUUUGCAUUUCUCAAAUGACCAGUGAUGUUGAAUAUUUUUUUCAAAUAAUUAUGUCCCAUUUGUAUUUCUUCAUCUGAGAAGUGCAUAUCCAUCUCAGAUGUACAUUUUUGAAUUAGGUCUUUAAAUUUGGGGAGUCUGAUUUUUUUUCAGUUCUUUGUAUGUUAAAAAUAGAAGUUCUUUGUCUGAGGGACAAUUGGCUAAAACUUUUUCCCACUUUAUGGUUUUUCUUUUCACUCUGUUGGUGAUUUCUUUUGAUGUGAAAAGCUUUUUAAUGAGAUGAGAUCCCAGUUAUUGAUUCUUUGAGGUACUUUCCAUGCGAUUUGGGUUUUGUUCAUGAAGUCUUGGCCUAUACCUUCUUUCUACUUUCUUUUCUAGUAGAUUUAGUGUUUGUCUUAAUAUUUGGGUCCUUGAUCCAUUUUGACUUUAGUGCAUAGUGGUAGAGAUGAUCUAGUUCUAGUCUUUGGCAUUGUCAUGAUUUGUAUUUGGUUGUCCCCUCAAAGCCUCAAGAAGUCAUGGGGGCAGUCUUCUAGAGUUUGUGAUUGAUUCAUUGUCCAGUGCUGGGAUUAUGGAUAUGAAUGCUACACUAGCUCUAGUGUGACUAGUCUUCAUACAGUAUAAGGCACAGGAAGAGUCUUCUCUCACACUCCUCCCUUUUUGCUCUUGUUGCUUUUGCUGUCUUCCCUCAUCAUGAAGGUUGCCCAUGCCAUGUGCCCCCUCCCUUAGAGUUAGCUCAUUAUGGAUGAAAUCUCCACAAACUGUGAGCUAAAUAAGUUUCCCCUUCUUUAACUAUGAGUGUCUGAUAUUUUGUCCCACCAAUGGAGAAAAAAAAAAAAAAAAAAAACAAGACAGGCAUAUAGAGAACCAGUUUGUCUAGAACCAUUUAUUAAAGAGGCUAUUUUUCUCCCAGUGAACAUGUUUGGACCCUUUGUCAAAAAUAAGGCUUAGUGUCUUUGUAGUUGUGUCUGCAUUUUCUAAGCUGUUCCACCAACCCUCAGGUCUGUUUUUUUGCUUGCUUUUGCCAGUACCAUGCUGAUUUUAUCACAGUAGUUUUAUAGUAUAAUUUCAAGUCGGGGAUUACGAUGUCUCCUGCCUUGCCUUUGUUGCCCAGAAUUGCUUUGCUAUUCUAGGUCUUCUCUUGUUCCAAAUGAAUUUUAGAAAUAUUUUCUCUAGUUCUGUAAGGUAUAUUAAUGGUAUUUUGAUCAGGAUGCAUUAAAUUUGUAUAACAAUUUUGAGUGUAUGGCCAUUUUCACUGUGUUGGGUCUUCCUACCCAUGAGCAAAGGAUACCUUUCCAUUUUCUGAUACCCUCUUGAAUCUCCUUUUUUAGAGUUCUGUAAUUUUCAUUGUAUAGUCUUUUACUUCCUUUGUUAGAUUGAUUGCUAAGUUUCAUUCUUUUGGAUGUUAUUGCAAAGGAUAUGGUUCCCCUAAUUUCUCUCUCAGAGAGUUUAUUGUUUGUAUACAGGAAUGCUAUUGAUUUUUGAGUGUUGACUUUGUAUCCAGUUAUGCUACUAAAUUUGGUUAUUAAAUCUUAAGGUUUUUUGAUGGAGUUUUUGGGGUCUUCUAUGUAGAGUAUCAUACAUCUGCAAAUAAUGAUAAUUUAACUUUCCUUUCCUUUUUUAUUCCUUUUAUUUUUCUCUAAUUGCUCUAGCCAGUGUUUCCAGAACUAUACUGAAUAGGAGUGGUCAUAGUGAGCAUAAUUGUCUUGUUCCUGAUUUUAGAGCAAAAGUUUUCAGUUUUUGUCUUAGUAUGAUGUUGGUUGUUGGUUUCUCAUAGAUGGCUUUUAUCAGAUUGAAGUAAAAACCAUGUAUUCUUACUUUAUGUACAGUUUUUAUCAUGAAUGAGUGUUGAACUUUAUCAAAAGCCUUUUCUACGUAUAUUGAGAUGAUCAUGUGAUUUUUACCUUUAACUCUGUUGAUCUGGUGUAUUGCACUUAUUGAUUUGCAUAUAUUGAACCAUCCCUGCAUUCCUGAGAUAAAUCCCACUUGGUCGUGGUGCAUAAUCUUCUUGAUGAUUUGCUCCAUUCUGUUUGCUAAUGUUUUAUUGAGGAUUUUGGCAUCUAUGUUCAUUAGGGGAAAUUGGUCUAUAGCUCUCUUUUUUCGUUGGGUCUUUCUUUGGUUUUGGUAUCAGAAUAAUACUUGGUUCCAGGAAUGAGUUAGGGAGUUUGCUUCCCUUUCAGUUUUAUUAAAAAGUUUGAGGAGUAUUGACAUUAAAUCUUCCAUAAAUUUCUUAAUAGAAUUCAGCAGUGAAUCCAUCAGGACCUGGGCUUUUCUUGGUUGGCAAGUUUCUGAUUAUGUUUUCAAUUUCAUUAACUGAUAUUAGAUUAUUCAAAAUUUUUAUAUGUUCUUGAUCUAGUUUUAAAUUGGCUUUUUUUUGUUACUGAGUUGUGUAAAUUCUUAUAUAUUGAGGAUUGAAGUUCUUUUUCAGGGAUUUUGUGGCUAUUUUCUCUCAAUCUGUGUUUUUUUAUUGGUUUUCAGUGGUGUCUCUGAUGAACAAUUUUUUAAUUAGACAGAAAUCUAAUUUACCAGUCAUUUCUCUUAUGGUUAUUGCUUUCCGUGGAUUUUCUAAGAAAUCUUUAUUCAAUUAACAAAGGUGUUUUUUCUAAAAGUUUUAGUUAAGCCAGGAAUGUUGAUGCUGUAAUCCCAGCACUCAGGAGGCAGAGGCAGGAGGAUUUUUGCAAGUUAGCAUCCAACCUGGGCUACAAAGUGAGUUCAAGGUCAGCCUGAACUGUAUCAUGAAACCCUGUCUCAAAAAGACAAAAAAAAAAGUUUUAAUUGUAACUUUUGUGUGUACUUACUUGUCUCAUGUUGGUCUCUGUGGCUUAAGUUCUUUUCCCUUUUCUUUUUUUCUCUCUUCCCCUUUAAAGUAGAUAACCAUCUAUUUUGGUACUAUUUGAUGAAGAUGAUUUUGCUUUCUCAUUGAACUGUUUUGGGUUUUUUGUCAAAAAUGAGUUGCUGGAAUAAGUGUGGGUCUAAUGGGUCCUCUUUGUCUUUAUACUAGAUGCAAACUAUUGUGAUCACUGUGUGUGUGUGUGUGUGUGUGUGUGUGUGUGUGUGUGUAUGUGUGUGUGUGUGUCUUUUUUAGACAGGGUCUCAUGAUACAGUUCAGGCUGGUCUUGAACAUGCAACCACCCUCCAGCCUCAUCCUCCCAAGUGCUGAAAUUAUAAGGGUGCACUACCAUGUCCGGCUGUGUCUGUAUAUUAAAUCUUAAAAUCAGAUAGUACAAGUCUUUCAACUCCAUUCUUUUUUUUUUUUCAAGUUUAUUUUGAUAUCCUAGGUGUAGUGGAUUAGUAACUGAUGGUUAACUUAAACACCAGCUGAAUUGAAUCAGCAUGGUGCUGAGCAUCAAUGGCCCACCCAAAGACUGUUACCAGCAUAAAAAGGAGACCUGGAGAGGAAUAAAAAUAUUAAGGGUUCUCCUAAGUGUUGUCGUACUCAGCUGUUAUCAUUGGAGGAGCUGAGGACCUCACUGUCAUUGAGAAUGGCUGUGGUACUUUUGUGGGGAGCCCUGGUCCUUAUUUUGAGCAUUGCUUCUUGUUUCUAGUACAGAAUGCUCAACCUGCUAGCACAGAUUUUCACCCUGCUGGCAUUCAAGCUUCCACUACUUCCAAGACUUUCUAGCUUCCACUGUUGACCUUUGGGCCUUCCCAGCACAGACUCAUGGGGUAGACUUGCAUGGUCAUUGUCAUAGACUCUAGAUUUUCAACUGAACUCGUGCAAGUUAUUGCCAUGGAAUCUAGGCCUUCUGCUGGGUUUUCUAGGACUUUAGUGUUGUGGACAGAUUUCCUGUACUUUCUUUGUAUUUAAUUCUGGGUGACCAUUAUAAAUAAUACUAUAAAUUAUGUGUCCUGUAUGUAAUUGUUUUUCUUGCAACCCCUGACUGCAGUACGAGGUCCUUUGAAUUCUCACAUACAUUUUACAAUCAGUUUAUCAAAUUCUGUGUAUAAAACUUGCCGAAUUAUAGCUGGGAUUGCAUGAAAUCCAUGGGUAAAUUUGGAGGAGUAGAUGCCUACAAUGUUAAAUUUCAUACUGUAACCAUAGCACAGCCUCUGUAUGCAGAUCUUCUAUAGUAUCUCUCAGUGAUGUUCAUCAUUUCCAGUACAGAGCUCUGCAAGUUCUGCAUUAAAUUUAAUCUUAGAAUUUUUUUCUGGUAUUGUCUGAUGUUGUAGAUGCAUUUUUAAAUUCUAUUUCCCAAUAGUUUAUUGAUAGAAUAUAAGAAUAUAGUUGACUUUUGUUUAUAAUGACCUUGUAUCCUGAGACCUUGCUAAAACUCACUGAGAUUUCUAGUUAGUUUUGAUGGUUCCUUGGGAUUUUCUACGUAAACAACCAUGUCAUCUGUGAACAGGAACAUUUUCACUCUGUCCUUCUGGGUUUUGGGGCUUCAUAUUUAUUUUUUUUGUCUUACUGUACUGCACCAACCUCCAGGACAGUGUCGAGACUAGUGCCGAGGGUAGACCUUCUUGCCAACUUCUGUCUUAGAGCAGGUGUAUUGAGUGUUUCUCUACUACUAUGAUCUCAGGACUUUCAAAGCUGCCUUUAUCAGGAUGAGAAAGUCUCUUGUCGUAGUUUGCUGAUUUUCAGUUUGUUUUUUAUCAUAAGCCGGUAUUUACUUUUGUCAACUUUUUUCUGUAUCUGUUAAGUUGAUGACAUGACAUUUCUUCUUUAUUAAUAUUGUUAAAUAUAUUGAUACCAAAGGUUCUGUAACAUAAAAGAAUGUUUCAAACUGUUAAAGAUGUGAGCCAGGCUAUAACCAGCUCAGAUCUGGAGGCAGAGGCCAGCCCCACCACUAUACAAAUGCCAGCUGCUACCAGAGAGGCUUUCCACCACUGGUAGCCAGUGCAGGCUGGAAAAAACAGUAGCCAGUCCCAUACUAGUGCACCCAGUGGCCACUGUCAGAUACUGGUAGCCAGCACUGACCAGGAGAAUCAGUCAUGCUUAGGAAAAAUUAUAGCUAAUGUGGAAAGUGCCUGGGACCCCACUACUUGCUUGUCCAGAAGAACCCAAGAAAAUGUCAAGAUGAAGAAGCAAAAGGCAGUCUCUGGCCUCCAACCCAAGUAGAGAACAGAAAUACUAUCUCAGGUAACAUAAGAAAUGAAAAGCAAUAAAAGAAUUGCUAAGCACUUCUAAAAAAGACAUAGAUAAAAAAAAUAGAUGAGCAUAGAAAAUGAUGGAAACCUUAAAUGAACAAUACAGGAAAGAACUACAAGACAUGAAACAUUCAAAGAGGUACCCAGGAAUUUUAAAAUUUCAUUGAACGCUAGCAAAACUGCUUGAAAGAAAAUGAAUUUUAAAAUUUCAUUGAAAGCUAGCAAAAGUGCUUGAAAGAAAAUGAAUUUUAAAAUUUCAUUGAAAGUUAACAAAACUGCUUGAAAGAAAAUGAAGUUAGACUUUCAGACCUUGAAGACAGGAUUGCAGCUUGUGAUCAUGAAAGGAAAGAUCUCUUAAAAAUAACAAAGAACCAGGAAAUAACAAUUCAACAGAUGUAAGAUGAUACAAAGAAAAAUAAUUUAAGGAUAAUAAGGGUCAACAAAAAUGACACAAAAAGACUAUUUACAGAAAAUAGUCUAUUUACAGAAAAAAGACUAUAACAGAAAACUUCCCAAGCAUGGGAAAAGGAACUGACAUACAGAUAAGUGAGGCAUAGAGAACUCCAACUAGCUAUAACCAAAAUAAAUCUACACCUAACAUGUAAUAAUCAGGAUCCCAGAAAUUCAGCACAAGAACAGACUUUUAAAGGGUGAUAAAGAAAAGAAACAUAUCACCUAUACAGAGAAUUCCAUCAGAAUCACAGCAGACUUCUCAACACAAACCAUCAAGUCAAGCAGACCUGGAGUGAAGUGCUUCAAGUCCUGAAAGAAAACAAACUUCCAACCCAGAUUGAUGUAACCUGCUAAACUAUCUUUCAAAGUUAAUGGAGAAAUAAGAUACUUUCAUGACAAAGAACAGCUGAAGGAAUUCAUGACCACCAAACCAACCCACAGAGAGUGCUGAAGGAUAUUCUAGAGAGAGAGAGAAAAGAUGAUCAUGGUUCCAGGAACAGUAGCAGAGAGGGUUCACCAAGCAGUGCAGGCAAUUGAAUGGAGGGGGAAAAUGGGGAACCAGCGGCAGGAGGAUAGCAUGGUACAGAUUAGCUAGUGCUUAUUGGCCAUAAAUAUUAAUGUAGAUAGCCUCAACCCAGCAAUAAAAAGCAGAGUAGAUCAGGAGACAGUAUCCAUCAAUAUGCUAUAUACAAGAAAUACAUUUGACUUGAAAGAAUUCAUGGACUGAAGAUCAGAGGAGACAAUAUUCCACAUGCCAGGGACCCAGAAAAAAGCAGGAGUAGCUUGCCCAUCAACCACAGAAUGGGUAGGAAAGAUACGGUAUUUUUAUAAAAUGGAAAGAAGCUAUAAAGAAGAAUAACCUUGAGGCUCUCAUAGGUUAAUGGAUGCAACUUGAGAUCAUGCUCAUGAGUGAAAUGGUUUGGAUUCACCUGGGUAAACAUCAUGUUGCCUCCCUAGUAUAAAAAACUGAAAGAGUGUGGGAUUCAAAAUGUAUAAUAGAUACUGUGAAAGUGAAAGGGGAAGAAAUGUCUAAAAAGAGAAGACAAGGGCAAGGGAUUUAGCUUAGUGACAUAAGCACCUGCCUGGCAAGCACAAGGUUAUGAGUUUGAUUCCUGAUACAAAAAAUUAAUUUAAAAAAGAAAAGAGAAAGAAGUAACCAUCAUGAAUCUAGUAUCAUGUUUUGAAACCCUGUAUUGUUUUCAUUGUUCUGUUUAGUUUGCUUUUAUUCUGUUUCGUUUGAUUUUAUUAUAUUUGAUGCCAUGGACAGCUAUUUCAGUGAUAACAAAACAUAUUAUGGUAGCCAUUAUUGAUUUCCUAUUAUUUCAAAGAUCUGUGCUGCUUUCAUUGUUUUGUUUUGAUUUUAUUCUAUUUUGUUUUGUUUGGUUGUAUUAUUUUGAUGCUAUAGACUGCUCCUUUGAAGAUAACAAAGAGACAUUAUGGUAGCCACUGUUGUUUUCCUGUAGUCUUGUUUUGAAGUCCUGCGUUGCUUUUAUUUUGUUUUGUUUUGAUUGGUUUUAUUCUGUUUUGUUUUGUUUUAUUUUAUUAUGCCUGAUGGCAUGGGCAGUUAUUUUGAAGAUAACAAGAGGUAAUAUGGUAGCCAUUAUUGAUUGCUUUUUAUGUUGUUGUAAACUCCUGUACCAUGUUUGUUAUUUUAUUUUCAUUGACUCUAUUCUGUUUUAUUUCAUUUGGUUUUAUUCUCUUCAAAAUAAAAAUUUAAAAAAAAAAAAAAAAGAUGUUAGCCAGAACAAGGGCCAAAUCUUGGGAAGUCCACAUAGCUCCCAGUCAGGCAGUCAGAUGGUUGCUAGACCAGAGAUGAAAGCAUUUUUAUAAUAAAAAUUUGGGAAUGCAGGUAUUAGUUGUUUCCAUUCAUCCCAUAUUGGCUAUAGGUAAGAGGAACAGAACUAUGAAGCAGAGUCAGCAAGUAAUCCAUAGGGAAAUACCUGCUGUUCUGGAUUGGGUGGGAUGGAAUAGGAUUUCAUGAAUCUGAGAUGUCAGGAUGUGCUUUGAAUCAAAGUUGUAACAUAUAUCCAAGAAUAUGAAAUGGUCUUUUAUACUUACCCCUGGCUUGUUCACAAUUAACCUCCUCUCAUCUUGCCUGACUCUUACUCUUAAUUAAAUUUAGGACAUUUCAGAACUUUUUCAAUAUGAUGGUAACUUUUUAAAAUUUUAAAAUGGCCUUAAUUUCCUGGAAUAAACUUCAUGUGGUUGUGACAUGUUGCCAUUUUAAAUACUGAUGGAUUCAAUUUGUUAAUACAGCAAUGCCUUGGUUCACAAAUGCUUCUGUUUGCAAACAAUUUACUUCACAAACAAAAACCUUUAGCAAAAUUUUGCUUCUGUUUGAAAGCUCCACUUUGGCUUACAAACACAACCACAGCCAUCUUCCCCACACCAACAUAAAUGUAGCUAUCUUCCCCAAAAUCAUAUAAUAAAUUAAGUUCAUAAAUCAAGAUGCCACUGAAUUUAGUUAAGAAUUUUUACAUAUUCAUGAUGGAUAUUGAUCUAUUACUUUCUUGUUGUUAUAGUUUGGAUCCUGAAUGUCCCCAAAGGCCACUUGUUAAGGUUUGGCUCCCAGUCUGUGGUAUUAAGAGGUGGAGACUAGAGGAAGAAGGUCAGGUCACUGGGGACGUGCCCUUCAGUAGGACCUCAGCCCAUCCCCCUCUCUCUUUACUUCCUAACUACCAUGAAGUAAGCAGCUCCUCAGUCAUGUGCUUUGUCCCUGCCAUGAUGUACUGUGUCACCACAGCCCCAAACAGGGAACCAACCAUGGAAUGAAACCCAGGAAACUCAGCCAAACUGAGCCAAAGCAAACCUUUCCUCAUGUUAAAUUGAUGAUCUUAGGCAUUUUCUCACAGUGGCAGCUGCCUGACACACCUGUCUUGUCUUCUAUUCCUAAGAAGACCUCAUAGAAGGUGGGAAAGCAUCCCCUCCUAUAUGUUCUGAAAGGUUUUAAAUACAUUUUAUUUUUUCCAUAAAUAUUUUAUAGAAUUUUCUAGUAACACCAUUAGGACCUGAAGUUUUCUUUGUGGGGAAGCUUUGCAUUACAAAACUUACCAUUUGAUACUACUGUAGUAAGAGUUCCAGCAGGGUGCAGUCACACGGACCUGUAAUGCCAGCUACUCAAGACACUGAAGUAGGAAGAUCACAAACUCAAAGUGAGCCUGAAAUAGUGAGUGAGCUCCUUUCUUAAAAUUUAAAAAAAAGGUUUUGUUUGCUUUUUUUUUCUGAGAAUUCAACCCAGGGCCUCCUCCUUGCUAGUCAAGCACUCUACCAUGAGCUACAUCCCUAUCCUAAAAUUAAAAUGGUUUUCUACUUUGACUGGUGUCAGUCUUGGUAAAUGGUAUUUCCUAAAUUAUAUUUUUUUAUUUAAUCCAAUUUGACACAAAUUUGGACAUAAUAUCCCCACAUUAUCUUUUUGAUAAUUCCUGGUGAAUCUGUAAUGAUACCCUUUCUUUCCCCCCCCAUUAUGGUGUCUAAACCUGUUUUGCCUCUCUUUGUUUCUCGAUCAUUGCUUCUUUCUCAGUCACCUUUAGCCUCUAUCUCUGUCUCUGUCUCUUGUUGCCCUGUGUACCCCCCCCACCAUCAUUUCUAUUACUUUUGCCAGGAGUUAAUCUAAGAAUCAAUUUUUCCUCUACUGUUUUUUUCUCUUAUUUAUUUCUAUUAUUAGCCUUAUUUCUAUUUUCUCCUUUGAUUUGUUUUUUCUACUUUGUUAAAAUAGAAAUUUAGGUUCAUUAGGCCAGGAAUAUAACUCAGAAGCACAGCACCUGCCUGGCAAGUGUGAGAUUCUGAGUUCAAUUCCCAAUACCAAAAAACAAUAAUAAUAAUGAAAUAAAAAAAGAUUUAAAAAUAAGUGUACUUUAAAUCCUUUCCCACAAAUAUGAUCAUUUAAAGCCAUGUACAGUAUUUUUCCUAACUGAAGGAGAUGAAACUUUCUUCAUACUCUCAGAGUGCAGCACAUUCUGACCAGAUGGAUGGGAACCUCCUCACACAUCAAGUCACUUCCCAGCAGACACCAACUGGGUAUUUUAUAACUCACUUCAAGUCUGACAAUAUUGUGAAAACAAAAGAAAAACUAAAAUGAAGGCAGCUUUUAAAGAGACUGAGACCAUGGAGCACAGAACUCUCCAUUCAGCUGUAGCCUGGAAUAUGAGAAGUGCUUCCUCUGCCCUAGGACUGCAGGCAUGGAGAGCAGCAGGACAACCAACUACAUUGUGUCUAAUGGUUCACAGACUGUACUAAGAAAUAACUAGUCUCUUGCUGUGGCCAUUUCCACUCUGUCAGUACAUUCUUUGCCCUGUCUUCUGAUGGCAGGCACUGUGCCUGCCUUUCCAAUCUUCAACAGCCUGCAUAAACUUCCCUAUUUCUCGUCUUCCUCACAGGAUAGAUUCAGAGACCUGCACCUGUGUUUCCUGAAAGUUCUAUGUAUACCAGCAGUUUCUGAGUUUAGAUUGAUCAACAUUACUUACCCAAGACUAGGCUGUGACCCUUCAGAUUGGUAGCUCAGUCUCAUAAGACUGUUCCCACCUCCGGCUCCAAGUGCAGCCCUGCAGUGUGACCUGAGUUUUUCUGCGUGCUACAAAUAACCUCCCUCCUUGGAAUCAGUGAUUUGCUAGCAUGAUAACCUGGAAGAAUACUCCAUUUGCAUCUAUUGGUUCUUUAUAAAAGAUAUAAAAGAAAUAACCAGUCCAUGGUAGAGAUGGAUACAGAGAGGGUGCAGAGCUUCUGUGCCUCCUCUAGGAAAGGUGAAGUUUCUGUCACUGGCCGAGAAUUCUUAGCUCUACAUAGUUGGAAAUCAAGAUAUGGGCUCAUUCUUGAGCCUGCUGAUGACAGGCACUGCCAUCCACCUUCAUCUUUUGAGUCCUCUAAAGGGGAAAGGGUCCUGUACUGGUUUCUAAGAUGUUACAAAUCAACUGAGAGUUCUCAAGCCAUACAGAAAUCACAAAUUGGCAAAGUAUAGCCCUUCUAGAGUUAAUAGCCCUGGUUCUUUAAUGAUAGCACUAAUCACUCUUUGAAUUUUCAAUACCUUUGCUUCUUAGAGCAAGCAGCUACUAACAGGACUCUUCACAUUACUAGAACGGGCAUUUGCUGGCAAUUCUCCAUAUUAUUCUUCAUCAUCCUUUGCUACCAGCCACCUCUGAUAUCACCAGCCUUGGCUGCUGGCAGCUUUCAGCACUAUCCACCUUUGGCAUUACCAGCUCUUAGUAUACCUGUUCAAAAUGCUCUAUGUGAGAGAGAAAUCAAAAUAGGCCAAAAAAAUUUAUAUGUAUAUAUAUAUAUAUAUCUCCUGUGGAAAACGCUUUUUUUGGACUUAAUGCUGCAGCCUAAAGAAUGGUGCACAGACUAAACCUGCUAAGAGUAUGACAAAUUAUUUAUAAAGGAAAAAAGACAGGCUCUUAUAUGCACAAUGUCAGACUUUCUAUUUGGUCCUGAAUAGGCCCCAGACCCCCUGAAAGACCUAAGGGUGACUGCAAAGAGACAGAAUCAUAUGAAGUAGGUCUGUGCCAGAAGCUUGCUACAGCCAAAGCAGAGGCAUUGGAGACAACCUGCAAAGAAAAAUAAAAGUACAUCUAAGGGAGCAUGAGGCCUUGCUCUCCAGUCUCAUUUUCAUAUCUGAAUAUGAGGCUGUGGACCUUCCAUGUCCUCUCUGGGAUGUCUUCCCCCAGCGCUGUAAUUACUAUAGCUUUUGUGGAGGGUGAAUUCUAGCUCUUCCCUGAGGCCAGGGUGCAGGACUUAAAGCUCCAGCCCUCCAAACUGCUGGUCUUUUCCACAAGGACUCUCCUCAGGCCAUCUAGGAACUCCAUCAUAAGUCAUCUUAGCACAGGUUCAGGUGUGAUCAGAGGGCUUGAAAUAAAAGACAGUCCCAACACUAAGGAAAUUCUAAGGAUUCUACAAGAUAGAUCAAAGAAACUACACAAGACCAAAUAUCUUUCAAAAUAUACCAUCAUAUACAUAUUUCUCCACACUUUUAUGGACUUUAUGUAUUGCAUUUUUAGUAUGCAUUUUGAUGUAUUGCCUUACUACUUUUAUGGCAGAAUUUGAUCUGUCUUGAUGAAUAGUCCAUAUGCAGUUGGAAAAACAUAGAUUUAAUAGUUGCUUGGUAUAGUGUCUUAUACCUGUCAAUGAAGCCAAAAUAGUCGGUGUCAUGAGGUUUUUCUAUAUUCUUACUGUUGUGGGGUUUUUUACUGCUUAUUCUAUCACUACUGAAAGAUGGUUUCCAAGACUUCCUAUAAUUGUGAAUUUCUGCACUUGCUUCUUAAACAAGUUUUGACUUCAAGUAAUUUAAAAAUCUAUUAACAUACUGAUAUUUGUCAUAUCUCCCUGGUAUAUUAACUUUCUAUGUCUAUGAAAUAUUCUUCUGUGUCUCUGGUAGUAUUGCUAACUUAGAAUUUUGUCAGAUAUUAAUAGUCAUUCUAGUCUUAUGCUAAGUGCUUAUAUGAUGUAUUUUUACUCAAUUUCAUUCUAUACUAUAAAUUUAUGGUUCUUUGUAUUUUUUUUACUUGGGUUCUAUUUUUGCCAGUCUGAGCAUGCUUGCCUUUUAAAUUAUUUAAUCUCUUUAUAUUUAAUAUACUUAUUCAUUUGAAUGGAUUUAGGGCUGCCAUCUUUCUGCUUGCUUUUUUUUUUUUUUUUUUCUGGUCUUUUUCCUUUUUAUUGGUACCAGGGAUCGAACUCACGACUGCCUGCUUCCAAGGCAGGCGCUUAUGCCGCUGAGCUAAAUCCCCAGCCCCUUGUUUCAUUUUUUGACACUGUCCUUCCCAUUUCUCCUUUUUGCCUUCUUUGGAUUACCUUACAAGUUAUUCACUAUUCCAUUUUAUCUUUGCCAUUGUCUUUUUAAAUAGAUUUUAUUUUAGAGCAAUUUUAGGUAAACAAAAAUUUUUUAAAUAUAGUUGUCAUACACCCAACUGUACCCCUUUUACAGUUUCUUCUGUUACUAACCUUCCAAUUAGAAUGGUGACCUGUUGCAAUUAGUUAUAAUUUACACAAAUAUUCAGUGUAAUGUAUGUUCUAUAGAUUUAUGUUUAAUGGCAUGUGUCUACCUUUGCAGUAUCAUAUGGAAUAGUUUCACUGCCUUAAACCCUUUCUGUGUUCCUUCUGUUCAUCCAUCCCUCCUUUGAACUCCUGGUAACCACUGAUCAUUACUGUCUUCAUUAUUUUGUCUUUUCCAGAAUGUUAUAUAGUUGGAAUCAUAUACUAUGUAGCCUAUCAAAACCCCUGUGAAGGAUUUGAUUUGCACAAAGAUUCAAAAUAAAGACAAGGGGCUGGGGAUUUAGCUCAGCAGCAUAAGUGCCUGCCUUGCAAGCAGGCAGUCGUGAGUUCGAUUCCUGGUACCGAUAAAAAUGAAAAAGACAAAAAAAAAAAAAAAAAUAAAGACAAAGAAAGUUCUGCAGAUGAGGAGCUGUGUGAGAUGGCCAGUGUUCUCUGUGGAACGAAAAAGGCCACAAGUCCAAAAGCUCAUAGCUUUUAUUGGUAUCAAUCAAGGAGGUGAGUGGUGGUCACUGCAGAGUGCCAGGGAAGAGAAACUUCACAGGCUUCAGCAGUAAGGACAAACACAGCACUUUUGUACCAGGCACAGAGGUUCUCCAAUUGGCAGUGCAACAGAUAGCUUGAUUUAUGCAAGGCUGGUACCUUUAAUGCCAGGAAGGUAUAAUCUUUUGUGAAUCCUGUGGCCUCAGCUGAGAUGUUACCUCUUGUCUUAGCCUUGGAAUCUCACAGGCUCUUGCUCAAGCCUCCAUUAGAGCCAUAAGCAUAGGAGCAAUUCUCACCUGCGUGUUGCCGUUUUCCUAUUGAUGAGACUCGCCAAGCCUUGGUCAGACUUAGUAAUAGUCUUUUGUCCAAUUAAGGGAACAUCUGUUUAGCCAUCUUGCAUAUCUCAGUUAACAGAGUUGAAGGAGAGGUCAGGGAAAGAUGGGGAAAAGGGGCUUCAUUUUUCAGGGGAGUGCAACUUGGUGAUCUUCCACAGUGGCCUUUAUAUAUUGUUUUUUUUUACUUAGCAAUAUGCCUUUUAGGUUCAUCCAUGUGUUUUCAUGGCUUGAUAGUUCAUUUGUUUUUAGUGCUGAUAACAUUCUGUUGUCUGGAUUUAACAGUUUAUUUACCCAUUCACCUGCUGAAAAAUGUAAUGAGUUGCUUCCAUGUUUUAGCAAUUGUGAAUAAAGUCACUAUAAACAUCUUUGCUCAAGUUUUUGUCUAGAUGCAAGUUUUCAACCCCUUUGUAUAAAUAACAAGCAGCAUGAUUUCUGGUUCAUACCUCAAGACUGCUGCUUUUUAUUUUUUUAUUUGUUUUUCAUUUUAGUACCAGGGAUCAAACUCACAAGCUCGCAUUUGCCAAGCAGGCACUUGUGCCACUGAGCUAAAUCCUCAGCCCAGGACUGCUGUUUUUAUUAAAAAAUUGCCAACUUUCUUCCAGGGUGGCUGUACCAUUUUGCAUUUUCACCAACAAUGAAUGAUAGUUUCCAUUGUUCUAUAUUUGUGUUAGUAUUUGCUGUUGUCAGUAUUUUGGACUUUAACUAUUCUAAUAAAUGUGCAAUGGUGCCAUAUUGUCAUUUUAAUUUGCCAUUUCCUAAUGACAUGAUUUUGAGCAUUUUUUUACAUGUUCAUUUGCUAAUCAUAUAUCAUCUUUUAGAGGAUGCCUGUUGACUCAUUUUUAAUUGGAUUAUUGUUGAAUUUUCACAGCUCAUUGUAUAUUUUCGAAACCACAGCCCCUUAUCAAGUAUUUGAUUUGCAGGUCCUAUCCUGUGUGUAACAGACUUUGCAGAACAAAGAUUUUAAUUUUAGUGAAGUUCAACUUAAUAGUUCUUUUCUUUAUGUAUCCUGCUUUUGAUUUCCUCAUCCAACCUGAGGCCACCUAUUUUUUCCUGUUACUUCAUAGUAAUUUUAUAAUUUUUAGUUUCAUACUUAAGUAUAUGACCCAUUUUGAGUUGGUUUUUGUACAAAGUAUGAGGUCUAUGUCUAGACUUUUGUGUGUGUGUUGGUUCCAGUUCUUCAGUAGCAUUUGUUGAAAAGUGAUCCUUUCUCUAUUGAUUUGCUUUACUCUCUGUCAAAGGUUGGUUCACUGCAGCAUAGUUUCUGUUUGGAAUAUUCCACAAAGAUGCACAUGUCAAAGGCUUGUUCCUCAGCUUGAAACUAUUGGAAAGUAUUGGAAACUUGGGGGACUAGAGGAUCUUUCAGCCAUUGGGAAUACACAUUUGAAGGGGAUUAUGGGGCCUUGGGCUCUUCCUCCUUACUUCCUGUUCAUGAGGAGUGGUUUUGCUCCACCACAUAUUCCUGCCACUUGCCACCACAGAGCAUCUAUGAGGACGACUAGUCAUGACUGAAACCUCCAAAACAGCCAAAUUAAACCUUUUUUCUCUAUAAAUUGACUGUCUCGGGUAUUUGUUACAAUAACAAAACUGACUGUCUCACUCUUGAGAUCACAAGCAUGUAUUGCCACAUUCUCCUGUCCACUUUAGAAUUAGGUUGGUUUGUUGUUGAGUUUUAGGAAUUCUCUGUCCAUUUUAUGUAUGAAUUCCUUUACAGAUGUGUGACUUAGAAAUAUUUUCUCGCCAUCUGUAGAAUUUUAUUUUUUUUAACAAUUAUAGGUUUUAAAAUUUUUUAUUAGUUCAUGUUUGUGGUACAUAGUUAUUAUGUUUAUUGUAAGGAGAAAGGAAAGGUACAUAACACCACUCAGUUCUUUUUAUUCCCCUUCUCCUCUCCACCCACCUUCAUCUCAAAGUCUCCUCAUUUAUAAAAAAGCUAUCUUCUUCUAUUGUCUGUCUUUACUUUUGCUCUUUAAAUUAUUUAUACGUUGGGUUUUCCAUAUAAGAAAAGUUACACAAUACUUAAGCUUAAGUGCCUGAUUUGUUUCAGUUAAUGUUAUGGUCUCAAGACACAUCCAUUUUACUUCAAAUGACUCAAAUUUAUUGAGAGAGAGAGAAAGAAAGGACAGAGAUACAGAGAGAGAGACAGAGAGACACAGGAAUAGAGAUUUUGGUUUUAGUAGUGUGGCCAUUUUGAAAAUAUUAGUUCUACCUUUCUAAGGAACUAGAGGUAUCUUUCCAUUUUCUGAUGUCUCCCUAGAUUUCCUUUUCAGUGUAGUAUAAUUUUUGUUAUGCAUGUCUUUUACUUCCUUGGUUAGGUUACUUUCUAAGUAUUUAAUUUUUCUUGAUGCUAUUGUGAAUAGUAUUGUUUUCCUAAUUCCUUGCUUGCUAGGUUAAUUGGUGUAUAAGAAUGCAAUUGAUUUUCGUUUGUAGAUUUUUAUAUCUUGCUAAUUGCUGGAUUUAUUAGUUCUAGGUGUUUUUGGUAAAAUUUUUUGAAUAUAAAUAGUGAUAAUCUUACUUCUUGCUUUCCUUUACAUAUUCCUUUUAUUUCUUUCUCUUGCCUGAUUGCUCUGUACUAUCUUGAAUACUAUAUUGAACAGAAAUGAUGAUAGUGAACAAUCUUAUCUUGUUGUUGAUUUUAAAGGGAAAAUUUUUUGCUCUUCCCCAUUUAAUUGGAUGUUGGCAGUGGGUUUGUCAUAAAUGGCUUUUAUCAGAUUGAAAUAAACCUAUUUUCUUCAGGGUUUUUAUCAUGAAUGGAUAUUGGAUUUUGUCAAAGACUUUUUCUGUAUCUGUUGAGAUGACCAUGAAAUUGUUAUCUGUUUAUGUGAUGUAUUGCAUGUAUGGGUUUGUAUAUAUCAAACUAUCCUUGCAUUCCUUGGAUGAAGCGUACUUGAUCAUGAUGUAUGAUCUUUCUCAUGAUUUGCUACAUUCUGUUUGCCAGUAUUUUAUUAAGGAUUAUUGUGUCUGUGUUCAUUAAAGAAAUUGGCCUAUAGUUUCCUUUUUUCUUUGGGUCCUUGUCUGAUGUUGGAAUUAGUGUAAUGCUAAUUCCAGGAAUGAGUUUGUACAUACUCCUUCCCUUUCACUUUCAUUAUACAAUAAGGAAUAUUAACACUGGAUUUUUCCCUGAAGUUUUUAUAGAGUUUAACAGUUUGUCCAUAAGGUCCUGGACUUUUCUUGUUCUUAGUUGAUAGAUUUACUGUUACUGCCUAAAUUUCAUUACCUGUUAUUGAACAAGUUUUUACACCUUUUUUGGUUCAGCUUUGGUAAUUUAUAUAUGUCUAAGAAUCUGCACAUUUAUUCUAGGUUCCUCCAUUUGUUGGAUCACAAGAUUUAAUACUAUUUACUAAUAAUCUUCUGGAUUUCAACAGUGUUCAUUUUGUUUUUGCCUUUUUCAUUGAUACGGGUCUUUCCUUCUGCUAAGAUUGACUAAGGGUUUAUCUAUUUUGUUUAUUCUUUCAAAAGUGAGCUCUUCAACUCCUUAAUUCUUUGUAUUUCAUCUCAGUGUCAUUAAUUUUCUGCUCUGAUCUUUAUGACUUUCUUUUUUUGUUCUUUAUGACUUUCUUAUGACUUUGUUUUAUUGUAUUUCUUUUUUUUUCUUUUGUGGGUUUUUGUUUGUUUUUGAUCUUGUGGGUUUGUUUGUUUUUGUUUUGCACCAGGAGUCAAACUCAGGACCUUGUGCUUGCCAGGGAGGCACUUGUGUCUCUGAGCUAUAUCCCUGACCCCACACUACUAGUUUUGGAUUUAGAUGUUCUUGUUUUUCUAGGACCUGAGGUCUCAUUAUCUGUUUGGUCUUACUUUAUUUUUCUAAUAUAAGCAUUCAUAUAAACUUCUCUCUUAGGACUGUUCUCAUUAUGUCACAUAAGGUCCAAUAUGUAUACUGACAUUAUCAUUUGAUUCCAGGGAUUAUUUAAUUUCUUCCUUCAAUAGUUAGGAGCGUAGCUGGGGAUUUAGCUCAGUGGCAUAAGUACCUGCCUGGCAAGUGCAAGGCUGUGGCUUCAAUCCCUGGUACAAACAAAACAAAACAAGACUGAGGACUUAGCUCAGUAGUAGAGCAUUUAUACAGCAAAUGUGAAGUUCUCGGUUGAGUCUCCAGUCUCCACUACAACAAAACAAAACACUUGCCCAAAUAGUCAGGAGCAUGUUAUUUAAUCUUUAUAUGUUUACAAAAAUUUCUCUGGUUUCUUUUGCUUUUGAUUUCUUUUUUUCAGAUAGUAUACAGGUGAUAAUUUUGAAUCUUUUGUGUUUGUUUAAGCAAACUUUAUAGACUUAUAUAUGGUCUAUUUUGGGGGAAAAUUUCUUGUGCUGCUGAGAAGACUGUAUUCUAUUGGGCGGGGUGGAACAUGCUAUAGAUAUCUGUUAAGUCUGUUAUUUGAUGAUGUGGUCAAACUCUGAUAUUUCUUGUUGAUUUUUUUGUCUAGUUGAUCUAUUUGUGAAGUGGGAUAUUGAGAUCUCCCACUCUGAUUGUGUUGAUAUGUAUUUGAUUUUUUUAUGUCCAAUGGUGUUUGAUUUAUGAAGUCAGAUAUGCCAGUUUUAUAUAUUUAUAUAUAUAUAUAUAUAUAUAUAUAUAAAAUUAUUUGCCUGUUGAUUACUUUUUUUCUGUUUUUUGUUCAUUUUUGUUUGUUUUUGUUUAGCUGCUUACUCUGUUUGAUUUAUUCAUUCUGUCAGACUUUUGGUGUCAUUGGCUUCAUUAUCUUAUAGACUUGAGAGUUUUUUGGAGUGCUGUUUGGUGGUCAUGAAUUUCUUAAGGUGUUCUUCAUCAUAGGAGGUCCUUAUUUCUCCAUCAAUUUUGAAAUAUAAUUUAACAGGUUAUAUUAGUCUGGAUUGAAGUCAUGUUCUUUUAGGGCUUAAAACACUUCACACUCUCCUAGUCUUUUAAAGUUUGUGUUUAGAAGUCUUCUGUAAUCCAAAUGCUUCACUUUUAUAAGUGAUUUUUUGCUUUUCUUGGAGAGCUUUUAACCUUUGUCCUUACGUUGGAUCUUUGUAAUUCUGACUAUCAUAUGUUACCAGGAGUUUCUUCUCUCGUUGUAAUGAUUUGGGGUUCUUUAUGCCUUGCUUACCUGUAUGUUCAGUUCAUUCCCUACAGUUGGAAAAUUUUCUGCUACUACUUCUAUAGACAUUUUUAUUCUAAGCAUACUAUCCUCUGAUGUCUCCCUAAUUCCAGUUAAUCUUAGAUUAAUCUUUCUCAUAUAUCUUACUGUUUUAAGAUGUCUCUGAGUAUAUCAUCUUGUGCAUAAUUGUCUUCCAGAUCCAACGCUGUUUCCUCACAUUGGUUGCUUCUACUGUUCACAUAUUGAAUGAAAUCCUUUAUCUGUGGAAUUUCUGCUUGACACCUUUUCAUGGACUGUUUUUUUUUUUUUUUUUUGUAGAUUUGUCAUUAAUAUUUUAAAUGACUUCUGCUUUUCUAAUGUUUCAUGUGCCUCUUCUUUAAACACAUUGGUCAGUUUGUUUAUAAAUUUCACUACCCAUUUUGUUAUAUCAUCUUUCAGCUUGCUAAAUUUCUUUGCUCUCUGUUGAUCAUUUUGUGCAAUUCAGCCAUUUGAUGCUUGAGUUCUUCUCCAUUAGUGCCCAUUAGAUCUACUUUGGGAGAGUUGAGUGUUUCAAGAGACAUUUUGUUGCCUUGUUUUUUCAUGUUUCUGUGUGUGUCUGUGUGUGUAUGUAUGUGUGUGUGUACACCAUGCUGAGGGUUAAGGUCAAAUAGCAUGAAGGAACUUUAUUGUUGGUAUGAAGAUUUUUUAAAAUAGGUUUUGUUUUCUAGUGGUAGGAUCUUGGCUUUAUUGGUCAAGAGGCAUUGUCUGCUACUUCAACUCAUCUAGUGUAAUUGGGUUGGAUGUAGUCACUAUAUUGUACAGAGAACUUCUAUUGAUUAUAACAUUUUCAACAGAUCAAACCAUUUGACAAUCAUGAACAUUAAAUUUGUCUUGAUAAAGUGAGCUCAAGGCCACUGCAUAGCAAGACCCUGUCUCAGAAAGACAAAAUCAUCCUGAUAAUUCCAUCGUUUUUUCAAUUCCCAUUGCUGACUGUUAUACUACUAUUUGUGGUUAGUCUAGGAUGUGGAAGAUGAGGAAAGCAAAAGGAAAAGUAAAAAGAAGGGAGUAAGUCAGUACAAAGGGAGGAAGGUAAGAGAAAUGCCAAUAGGUGAAAAAUAGAUAUAAAGUGGGACUGUUGGAAUUAUUUUCAUAGCUGGAGUAAAGGGCUAAUGUUAAGGGAGUUUGAGAAAAUAUUUGUGGAGGUAGGAGGAGAGAUUUAGAGCAGUGGAAAUGUAGAGAUUGAAGGAGUCUGUGAGAUUGUCAAAACCUGUUAAUAUAUUUGUAGUUAAUUUAUGUGUGAAUCCUCUAAACACAGUUUGUUGAGGGUUACCCUGACAUGCUCUUUAAAUAGUACAAUUUACAUUAAAGCAUUGGUUAAUUCUUAUUCUCUUUUGCAAGUGCAGAAUCCACCAAAAAAAAAAAUUUACACACAUUUCAGGAAAAGAAAAACUUGUGUAAAUAUUUUAAAACUAAAUUUAUUGAAAUAUUAUGAGAUUAAUACAAGUUACCUUUGGCCUCUACAAUUAGAAGAGGUGCUCAAAAUGGUGAGCAUUAGCUUUGAGACAUUUAUUAGUAUGGAAAACUGCUGCUUGGUAACCUUGGUUAUUGAGAUUGCUACACAUACAUUUUCAAUUUCUUCUCUAAGGGCUAGCAAUGUAGUAGGUUUUCUAUGAUAUACAAUAGCCCAUACCAUCUAUUGAAAAAACAUAUUAUUUUUCUUUUUCUGAAAUGUGUAUAUAUUUUUUGACUAAUACUGUGUACAGGCACCUGUAGUAUAUAUUCCAUUUUUAAAAAAAAAAGUGGAGAGGAAAAGAGGGAAGAAAAGGCAAGAAAAUGUGGAGGAGAUGAAAAAGGAUGAGGAAAUAGUCAAAAAUAAGGAGGAGAAAGACCAAAAGAACAGAACAAAGGAAACCUUAAAAAAUAAAAUUUUCAGAAUGCUAAUACAGAAGCAAGAACCAGAAAAACAUAAUAAAAACUGGAAACCCCAGAACAAACAAGCUAAGUAACAAACAAUGAACAAACUUUUACAGCUCUGAUGUAGCAUUAACCUGGAACAUCCACACAGCUCUUUUUAUAUAGAGUCACAGUGUGACUGUGAAUAGCCAAGCAUUUCCCUCUGUGGACAUUGCACUUGCCUGGCUAGAAGCAGUGAGAACUGUCUGGAACUCUGGAUGUGCCUCCUGCCUGCAAACGAUGCUCUAGGCAUGGCCAAGUCAGGCCUCUAUCAGCAUCCCAUGAUCCAGUUCUCUCAAUGGAUUUGAGAAGAAUCAGAUGUGGUAUACUUUGCCCAAUACCUGGAUUUCUGUUGACUUCUGCCAGACCUCUCCCAGUCCCACUCUCUUCACUGUCUGGCAAAUCCUAUGGUCAUCUCUUGUCUUCCCUUCACAGGCUUCCCUUGCCUUGUAUAUUACCAGAAGACCUUUGGCCCAGGUGCUGCUUUCUGUCCCUCUGCCUAGAGUCCUCUACCUCUGUCUGAAUAGCUCCACUCUCCCAGUUUCCUACGGAACUUGAUGCAGUGCUGAAGCUUAGGAGAGGCUCACCUUUCCCAGCACAGGAUGAUGGGCAGUAGGUAAGACCUCACACUGUCUUGGGCCUUCUCAGAGUUUGGGGAGAUAGUGGUACAGUUAGAAACAAUGGAAUUGAGUGAGUCACUCCCUUGUCUCCAUUCUGAUUCCAUUGUCCUAAGAAAGUUAGAAAAUUAGCAGAAGCAUAGGAGAUUAUCUAUACUGUAAGUAAGACCACAUCUCCUAGCCCAGUGAUGACAAACCUACAUGCUACGGGGGAAUGUUUGUUACCAUUGAAAGCUAAAAGGUAAACUAAAAGGUUCACCAUCACUGUCCUAACCUGAUCUUAUGUUUACUUUUACCCAACUUCAACCUCAUUAUAGGUUCAUAGAUAUAUACUACAUCUGAUAAAUAUAAUUACGAUCAAUGAAUUCUAGGAUGAGUUUGUAUAAUAAGAACCCCCAAGAUGACUCAGCAUCCUGUCAUCAUUUUAGUCAGUCAUACCUAGAGAUCCAGGGGGAGUACCUGCUUUGCCCUGCUUUAGCAGAAGUGUCAGACCUUUAAAUUCUAAAAGCCUGAGUUAACAGGCCUUUUUUCAUUGCUGUUGCCUAGCACCUUUCUUGGUCUGUGUUAUACUUUUGUUGGCAGGACAGGCCCUAAGCACAAUUUCUGGUGAUUUUCAAUAAAUAUAACUACUUCCUACUUACUACUGGGUGUAUGAUUGGCAGUUCCUUCCUUGACCUAUACAAGAAUCUGGAUUAUUGGGGCUGAGGAUUUAGCUCAGUGGCAUAAGCACCUGCCUUGCAAGCAGGCAGUUGUGAGUUCGAUUCCCGGUACCAAUAAAAAAGAAAAAGACAAAAAUAAAAAAAAAAAGAAUCUGGAUUAUUAUUGGCCUGUUUGCCUGUAACAUGUGGCAAGCCAGUCAAGAGACUUCACUGGACAACAACCAAGAGACCUCACAAAAAACGAAGGGACUGACAACCUAGAGACCUCAGCAGCAGUGAGAAUCAGACAACCCAGCCAAAAAGAAGAGUAACUCCAUUUUUCCUCUCAUCUCCUUUUUACAAGUGACUAAGAUGCUUGUGUGGGUUAUGGGAUGGGCAGUGACUUGCCCAUGUGGAAAUGACUAGGUUGUGAGGCAAAGACUUCUGUUCCUAUAGGAGAUAGGAGGAUCCCUACCAGUCAGUUGGGCUUAUAUUCUGUUGUUGGGCCACAUAGUGUUUAGAGUCUACUUUGGAGGCUGUGACACAGACUUCAACAGGGAUGGAGCUAAAUCAAGCUGAGAAGAAAAGGGUUCCAGUAAACAAGUGUUUUAGCAUAGACUCCCAGAGCAGGGGACAAAGAGAUGUGGACCUGACCCACCUGAAUUACUGCUGUUCUCCACGAAGUACUUGGUAACAUGAUCUUAACUGAGGCAGCUGUUUGUAUAUACCGAGGGUGUUUGUUUGGGCCCUGUGGGUCUUGGGCUCAGUACAAGGGCUUCCCUUCCAUAGGUUUCAGUAUUUUUCUUUUCUGAUUCCCUUUCACUCUUGGGCUUUUGUCUGUCAUAAUGUUCAAUUAAGGAAAGUUUUGUUUAGCUCACAGUUUUUGGAGGUUUCAGUCGGUAAUCAGCUGGCUUCAAGGCAAGGUGGUGUGACACAGGGGCGACACUUAAAAGACAACAAAAAAUAGCAAAGUGAUGAGCAAAAAAGGGGAAGAACAAGCCUCUUUUCUUCCCUUAUAUUGUAAGCAGGCUACCACCUCCCCACCCCAAGGUGAGUAUAGCAGUCACAGCAUCUUGCGCCCUAGUCUUGAUGUUUACAAAGUAAGGAUCCUGGCUUCCUGCUGAGUCUCUUAAAUUUCUAAACUUCUGCACAAUGUGUCAACCAUAAUACUAUUCUAAGAGGUACAAACAGGGAAAUACAAAGAAAUGCAACCAAAGCAACUCCAAAAUGCAGCAAGGAUAAGUCCUAUAUUGUCAUGUCCAGCAUUCCUGCAAUUUGUUGCAAGUUGUGAACUCCAAAGGACUUGGGUGUCUCUGCCUCUAUGACAAUUAUGGUGGUUGUAGUUCCCAUGGCUUCUUCUUUUUUUUUUUUUUUUUUAUUUAAGGAGAAAAAGAAAAAAAAAAACAGAAAAAGGGUACAAGUUAUACAGAAUUUCAGAAAAAAUAAACAGUAGGAAAUCACUAGUUAAUAGAUUACAUAUUGUCAUCUUACUAUAGUUGUUCAAGUUACAAAAUUAAAGCAUAUAAAGUAGACAUUCAAACAAUGAGACUGCAAACAGUUCUGUUCAAUGAUGCAACAAAAACUCAGUAAUAUGGUUUUCUAUCUUAUACGCUUAAAUAUACAUGCAGUUAUAUCCUUUAAGUACUUUCUUUUCCUCUCUUUUUUACAAUGACAAUUACACAUUUUGGGUUUUAUUACUCCCACAGUUCUUACUAUUUUUUUUUGAAGAGAGUAAAACCAAAUGUGACAUAACAAAACAGAGUCAGUCAAAUCAAAAGGAUGGACAUAAUACAUAAUGUAAAAAAAUGCAAGAUGAUCAACAGUGGUUACCAUAAUGCCUCUUGCUAUCUUUAAAGAAAUUGCCUAUAUCAUCAGUUUUAAUAAAAUUGAACAAAACAGUAAAAAACAAAACCAAUAAAACCAAAACAUUGGAGACAUUACAGGACUUCAAAAGAAGAUAAUAGUCAACCAGAAUGGGCGUCAUAAUGAAACUUAUUGUCUUCACAGUUGUUGCCUAUACUGUUGAACUUGGUACUAUCAAGCAAAACAGAAUAGAGGAAAAUCAGUCAAAACAAGAUGGUGAGAUCAAUACAGGGUUUCAAAUCAAGUUAAUAGGAAGUCAAAGUGGGUUACUAUAAUAUAUCCUGAUAUUUUUAUUUUUCCCUUAAUUAAAAAGAUAAUAAAAAAGUAAAUAAUAAAAAAAGGAGAUUGAGAUAAAAGAGGGCAUAACAACAAAACAGCACAGGUCAAAACAUAACCAUUUAAGCAAAAUAGUGUUUCGCCACAAGAUAUCCCGACAUAAAAGUAGUUACCAUAGUGUCUCUUUCCUUGAAAUCUUUGAGUAUAACUUUGUAUACUGUAACAUCAAACAUAUCAAGACAAUGUAAAACCAUUCAAGAGAAUGACAGUAUUACAGGGUAUUUAGAAUCAAGUAACAGAACAUGAACAAUGGUUUCUGUAUAAUUUCCCUGUCUAUAAAAGUUUUUGUUUAUAACAUAUAAUAAAAUCCAAUAAGAUAUGACAUGUUAAGACCAAUGGAGACAGAAGAACAAAAGCUUGAUGGGACUUCAAAACAAGAUGAUAUUAAAUCAGCACUAGGUAUUAUGAUUUCUUGUUUUCUCCAAAAUAGCUGUUCCUACCAUGCAAUCUUCUCUGCCUCAUUUCUGUUGAGCUCUUUUUCUGUCAUUAGUUGUCAGUUUGUCUUCUUCAUUUUGCUUUCUGCUCCUUUCAUUGUGGCCUCUCUGACACUGUUUCUGGAACCUUGGUAUUUUUUUUUUAGAAUGUCCUGCAGUAUUCUCUGUAGAUUUUGAAUUGGUGGUUAUAAAUUCCCCUAGUUCCUCUUUAUCCUGGAAGCACCUUGUUUUUCCAUCAAUUUCUGGACAGUUGUGCAGGAUAUAUCAAUCUUGGCUGGAGGUUAUUAUCUUUCAAAGCUUGAAUUAUUUCCCCCCACGCUCUUCAUGAUUUGAUGGUUUUUGCCGAGAAGUCUGCUGUAAUUCUGAUGGGUUUCCCUUGUAAGUGAUCUGUUUCUUGUCUCUGACGGCUUUUAAUAUUCUGUUCUUAUAUUGGAUUUCUGUAAUUUUGAUUAUUAUAUGCCUGGAUGUAGCUCUGUUUGGGUUGUAGGUGGCUGGGGUCCUGUAUGCCUCAUACAUCUGAGUAUCUUUACCUUUUGCUAAAUUAGGGAAAUUCUGGAUUAUUUCUGUGAAUAGCCUUUGUAGUUCAUUUGUUUGUGUCCCUACUUCUUCUUUUACAUUCUUAAUUCUUAAAUUAUAGAUUCUCUUAUCAUCUUCUAGCCUUUGUAUUAUUGCUAUUUGUUUCCUUGUUAUUUUUAAGAAGUUUUUCCUUUCAUGCUCCCAUAUUACAAAUCUGUCCUCCAGUUCAGAUAAUCUAUCCUUAGUUUCUUUCAAGCAGUUAUGCCAGCUUUCAAUAGAGUUUUUAGUUUCCUGGUAAUCUCUUUAGUUUCCUGGUAAUCUGCUUCAUGUAUUCUGUGUUUUCUCUAUUUUCUCCAUCAAACAAUUCUCCCUUGUUUUGUUCUUCCAUUCCACCAUCUGUUUUUUCAUGGGCGGUGCUUAGCAUUUCUCUAACUAUUCUACUUAUAUCUUGCUUUACUUGGUUAAAUACUUCACUUUUGAACUCAUCUAUGAGGCUCCGGAGAUAUCACUUUAUGUCUAUUGGUGCCGUGUCUGAUAUUGCAUGUUUUAUGUCCUCAUUCUCCUUUGCAUUUCCCUUUCCUGGAUCAGUGUUCUCAGGAUUGGAGACUGAGGACCCUUUCUUGUUGCUCCCUCUUCCCAUACUUUUUGUUCCUUCCAUACAAGCGUGUACAGGAGGCCCAGUUUCUUUCUUUGUCAGUUACAGUUUGUUUGAAUCCGCCGGCUAGGUGUUCCCGCCCACUGCAGUGUACUAGGGAGACACAGACCUGGGCAGCCUAUGCUGGGCCCUGCCCCUCCAGGUCAACCUACUGAAGGCUUCACUGCUAGGGUGCACCACCAGGCACUGGGACUUGGUUUGGGCUAGCCUACUGGAUCUUAGUCCGCAGCAUCACCCAGGCCAAGUGCUCCCCACCAAUCCUGCUUGAGAGGGGAAUAUGUGACUAAAGUCACUGCAGCGUUCUGUUCUGGCUAGUCUGCCCAGUCCCAGAAUGUCCUCUGUUGGAGCCUCCUUAUCUAUGGAGGGGUCCUCAUUCCUCUCACUACCGCAGGUCGAUGCAGGGCUCCCCACCAGCCCCACUCUCAAGUCCGUUCACUGAUUCCCACUCUCAAAGCUUUCACAUCUCUGUCCCUGCCAGUCUGAUUCAGACGCAGCAGUGGCGGCAGGAAAUUCAAAUCACACAGGUUCCAGCUUAGGUGCUGAGAUUUUAUCUGUUCCGGUUAUAGCACCGGGAUUGCAUUUCCAGUUGGUUUCUCUCAGCUUAGUUCGUUCCUGGGUCACCAGGGUAUAUCUCCCCUUGCUUAGGACUCCUCACUCCUUACAAUUCAUUCCUGGAUUGUAAGCUGGCUAUCUCAGAGAGCCUCCAUAGCUGCUGUAAUAUAUCCGCCAUGUUCUCCCAGAAGUCGUCCCUCCCAUGGCUUCUUUUUGGGUUCACUCUGUUCCCUUUUGCAGGUUUCCUCAUGAUCCACAUUCCUAACUUCUCCAAACUUCUGUGGGCUCCACUGGACCUUUAGUUUCACACAGCUUCACACCCUGCCCUCUCUGAAGCACAUUGCCUAGCCUCUCAGACCUCUUUAAAAUCUGGGUGAAAGGCUUCCUGACCCCACAACUCUUGCAUUCCACCUGCAUCUAGAUCCAGCACCAUAUGAAUUAUACGAAGGUUUGCUGCCAGCUAGAGCAGUAGGCAGACUUCCAUCUCUCUUGGCUGAAUAGGUUAAGUCCUGGGAUCACUAAGCACUCUGAAUCUAAUUCUGAGAAAUUAUUUGACCACCAUUCUAGAAUACAAGGCACUGGGUCUUCUCAAAGCCUUUCAACUUUGCAAUUUUGAGACUGCAAAAUGUGGAGUCCUGCUGCUUCUUGUGAUGCCCUCAGGGCAUCUUUACCAUCCUCCUGUUCCUUCUCAGUAAUCAAGAUCUCUGGAUUACAUCCCGGAAGGUGGGCCAGCUGGAGGACAGUGAGUCCAUGCUCUGCACUUUUCCCUUAUAUCCUGGAAAGUGGACUGGCUGAGUGAGUACAUGCUCUGCACCCCUCCAUUACAUCCUAGGGGGUGGGCCAGCUGAAGGAGAGUAAGUCUUCACUCUGUGCCCCUCUACUACAUCCCAGGGGAUAGGCUGACUGGGAGGCAGUGAGUCUAUGCUCUGUGCUCCAUUGCAUCUCAGAGGGCAGGCCAGUUGGAAGAGCAUGAAUCCAUGCUCUGCACUCCUGCAUUACAUCCUGGGUGGUGGACCAGCUGGAAUACAGUUUGUGAUUGGGCCUCAUAAAAUCCUGGAGGGUAGGUCAGCUGGAAGAGUAUGUGACUAAUGGAAUCCCAAGACCCAGGGUAACUGCCUAGUGAACAGAUGCACACAUAUUUCUGGAUAUUGAAGUAAUUAUUGAGGCCAGUAACAUGGAAGCAUCUGAAACAGCAGCAGGGAGACAGCAGUUGGACUCUGGAGAACUCCACUGACAAAAGACAAGUCUCAGCCCCCACAUCCAGAGGCCACAAUCAGGUACAUACCCAACACAUCUCUGGGGUGCAACACAGAACUGUAAACACCAGAUAAGAAACUGAAAAUAGAUGCCCCCAUGAACCUGCCAGCCACUAUCAGGAACCAGUAGCCAGCACUUGUGGGGAGAACAAGGCAGGCAAGCUCCUGAACACCUGCUGGCACUGGAAGAGCCUUGGUGUAGCUAUGCAUGUCUGGAGUAGCCAGCUCUACACCCCACCACUUCCUUGGGAACCUAGGAUAGGAGAAACCCUGAUCCUUUCCUCUACACUGUGGAUGGGCAACCAACAUAGAGAGCAUCUGGGACCCCCACAACUGGCUCUUCUGGAAGAACCCAGGAAAAUGUCAAGACAAAGGAGCAAAAGACAAUCUCAGACCUCCAGCCCACACAGAAUAAGUGUAGGAGACAUAUAAACAAGAAUUGGAAGUCACACACCUGAAAUUUCUGAAAGAAUAGCAACCAAAGUCGGGGGAGGGGGACAACCUUCAUGAGGCUGUAAAAGUAACCAUAUCAUAAAUAAUAUAUCAGGUAAAACAACAUUACAAGCAUAAUGAAAGAAAUGCUGAGUAUAUCUUUAAAAAGCAUAGACUUUUUUUUUUUAAAGUCAUUGAAAAAUGAUGGAAACCUUAAAUGAACAAUACAGGAAAGAACCAGAAGACAUGAAACAUUCAAAGAGGUACUCAGGAAUUUUAAAAUUUCAUUGAAAGCUAGCAAAACUGCUUGAAAGAAAAUGAAGAUAGACUUUCAGACCUUGAAGACAAGUUUGCAACUUGUGAUCGUGAAAGGAAAGAUCUCUUGAAAAUAACAAGGAACCAGGAAAUAACAAUUCAACUGAUGCAAGAUGAUACAAAGAAAAACAAUUUAAGGAUAAUAAGUGACAGCAAAAAAGUAAGGGUCAACAAAAAUGACACAAAAAGACUGUUUACAGAAAUUAAAUAACAGAAAACUUCCUAAGCACGAGAAAAGGAACUGACAUACAGAUAAGUGAGGAAUAGAGAACUCCAACUAGCUAUAAACAAAAUAAAUCUACACCCAACAUGUAAUAAUCAGGAUCCCAGAAAUUCAGCACAAGAACAGACUUUUAAAGGGUGAUAGAGAAAAGAAACAUAUCACCUAUACAGAAAAUUCCAUCAGAAUCACAGCAGACUUCUCAACACAAACCAUCAAGUCAAGCAGACCUUGGAGUAAAGUGCUUCAAGUCCUGAAAGAAAACAAACUUCCAACCCAGAUUGAUGUAAUCUGCUAAACUAUCUUUCAAAGUUAAUGGAGAAAUAAGAUACUUUCAUGACAAAGAACAGCUGAAGGAAUUCAUGACCACCAAACCAACCCACAGAGAGUGCUGAAGGAUAUUCUAGAGAGAGAGAAAAGAUGAUCAUGGUUCCAGGAACAGUAGCAGACAGGGUUCACCAAGCAGGGCAGGCAACUGAAUGGAGGGGAAAGUGGGGAACCAACAGCAGGAGGAUAGCAUGGUACAGAUUAGCCAUUGCAUGUUGGCCAUAAAUAUUAAUGUAGAUAGCCUCAACUCAGCAAUAAAAAGCAGAGUGGAUCAGGAGACAGUAUCCAUCAGUAUGCUAUAUACAAGAAAUAAAUUUGACUUGAAAGAGAAUUCAUGGACUGAAGAUCAGAGGAGACAAGACAAUACUCCACCCAGAAAAAAGCAGGAGUAGCUUGCCCAUCAACCACAGAAUGGGUAGGAAAGAUAUGGUAUUUUUAUACAAUGGAAAGCUACUCAGCUAUAAAGAAGAAUAACCUUGAGGCUCUCAUAGGUUAAUGGGUGCAACUUGAGAUCAUGCUCAUGAGUGAAAUGGUUUGGAUUCACCUCGGUGAACAUCACAUUGCUUGCCUAGUAUAAAAAACUGAAAGAGAGUGGAAUUCAAAAUAUAUAAUAGAUAUUGUGAAAGUGAAAGGGGAAGAAAUGUCUAAGAAAGGAAAGGGGUAGCCAUUGUUGAUUUCUUAUUACCUUGUUUUGAAGUUCUGUAUCAUUUUCAUUAUUUAGUUUGCUUUUAUUCUGUUUUGUUAAAUUCUGUUAUAUCUGAUAGUAUGGGUAGUUAUUUUGAAGAUAACAAGAUAUAUUAUGGUAGCCAUUGUUGAUUUCCUUUUAUCUUUUUUUGAAGUCCUGUAUCCUUUCCAUUGUUUUGUUUUGAUUGCUUUUAUUAUGUUCUAUUUGUUUGAUUUUAUUAUGUCUGAUGGAAUGGGCAGCUAUUUGGAAGAUAACAAGAGUCAUUAUGGUAGCCAUUGUUGACUUCCUAUUACCUUGUUUUGAAGUUCUACAUCACUCGCUUGUGUUUUUUAUUGACUUUAUUUUGUUUCAUUUUGUUUGGUUUUAGUCUCUUUAAAAUAAAAUUUUAAAAAAUUAUGUUUCUCAUUUUAAAAAAAUCUCUACUCUAUCUUUGCAGCUCACAGCUUUACUGGAGUUUCCUUUCUGGCCAAACAAUGUUUUAAAUCAUUCUGCUGUACUCUUUGCUCUUGAUUCUCAACAUUGGUCUGGCUAAACCAUGCCAAGAGCAGGCAUGCCACAGCCUCAACAUUAGAGUGCCUCAGAAUUUAUUCUGCAUGAUUAAUUAGCAUGCUGCUCUUAAUCUCAAUCUUAGGAAAACUUGCCACAGAUUGUCUCACAUGCUACAUACAGUGUUAUAGACUUAAUGUUUGGCCUGCUGGAUUUUGGACUUGCUUUGGCCCCAUUCAUUUACAUCCCCAUUUGUAACUUUUGGCAUGGAAAUGUCUAUCUUGUGCCACUGAAUGCUGGAAAUAUUUAACUUUACUUUCAUUUGUAUGAGGGCUCACAGCUAGGAGUUUGCCUUAAAUCUCAGAGGAAACUUUGGAUUUGGACUGUUAGGAGUUUGGCAGUUCCUAAAGAUGAACUAAAUGCCUUUUGCAUAAGAGAAUGUAUAUAAGCCUUUAGAGGGCAAGGAUUGGUUUGUAUCUAGAUGUCCCCCAAAAACCUCAUGCUAUUGUGAAACAGGCUUCUAGAAUUUGUAAGUGAUUCUUGUUCAAUGGUGGGAUGCAUGUGAGUGCUACACCCAUCCUUGGGUGGGUAGUCUGCAUCCAAUAUAAGAGGCCAAAAUAGGUCCCCCCCCCCACUCUCUCUUGCUCUGCAUUGGAGCCAGGCAAUUAUGGACCAAAAUCUUUAUAAACUGAACUAAAUAAUCUUUUCCUUCCUUAGGUGUUGAGUAUUUCAUCCCAUCAAUGAGGAAAAAGUAGCUAAGACACUAGGUAUCCCCACUUCUAGGAGAUGAUUGGAAUAGGUUAGGAGACUACACUAAUGAAACACAAAAUUCAAUGGUUCAUAGUUUAGCCCACUAUUACAAGGUAAUUGGGUGGCCUAUAAACUCGAACCUUAAUGAUCUUGGACAUAAUUGAAUUUUUUCUAAAAAUGCCACUGAAACCUCUCUUCAGACACUAGUAAAAUCCGUAUUAAAUACAAAGAAGUCUCCUCUCAUAAAAACCAACAAUCAUAAAUAUAGAAGUGGUUACUUUCAGAUAUGGGAUGAUUACAUAUGGUUAACCCACACUAUAGGACACCUUAGUAAAAAGACUCUCUUAUAUUGGGAACAAAAAAUCACUUAUUCCCAUUGUCCUAAUCCUACUAAAUACUUGGUAUGGACACCCCUUGGGCAGUGUGUAUACACUAUAUCUUUACAGGUCAAAGACUGGUUUGCAGCAGUCUGGUUUAACCAUCCUGAAUUAGAUGUAAAACUCUCAGUGGCAUUCACUGGUCCUGUGGAACCAACUUAAGAACCUGGCUACCCUUUGAAUGGAUAGAGAGAUGCAUAGUCGAAUUUGCAUGGUUAUAAGGGAAGAGCAUCAAAAAUAUUGACAAACCUGUAAAUUUACCCCAUCUACAACACUGAUGGUUGUUGUAGUCCAGGUUUGCAAGGGAAACAAUUUAAUAAAGGACACAUAAUUUAAAAGAUUAUAGUAGUCACCCUAAAGAGUCAAAUACAAAAGAGUGCAUGAAAUCUGUACACACACUAGAGGCCCAAAAAAUCCAAUUGAGGACCUAGAUCCAAUGCAAUGUCGUACAUGAAUCCUGCUAAAAAUGUAGGGCCCAUGGCAAUGCCUGCCAUUAGUCCAACUGGAGCCCUAGAGCCCACAACAAUGUAUCAUGCAAGUCUGUUUCAUAGAUCUGUGCUGGGAAGGCCUAAAGGUCAUGGUGAAAGCUAGAAAGUCUGUGCCAGUGGGGUAAAGAAACUGCUAGCAGGCUGAGGGAUCUGCACUUGUACCAGGAAGCAAUGCUCCAAGUAAGGACCAGAGCUCUCCUAAAAAGUACUAUAGCCAUCCUCAGCGACAGCAAGGUCUUGAGCUCCUACAAUGAUGAGAAUAGCCAAAUUCACAUCAGGAAAUCCAGAACGACAAGCUUCUCCAGGAGAACCAACACUACCUACUUCUUCCUCUCCAGUUCUCCCUUAUAUAUAGUUGGCAACAGUCCUCAGGUGGGUCCUCCAUAUUCACCACCAUGCUGAUUCACUUCAACUAGGUGUUACAAGUUAACCACCUUUGUCAAUCCACCACAGUGGUCUAGAAAUAAGUUUCACUGGUAUGAUCAUUUGGCUUCUAUCUUUGUUCCUUUGCUAGGAUUAGAGAUUGUCAUGCAACACAUUUCAGGCCUUGUGUAACUAUACUCAGUGGGCCUUAAGUGACACAUCUACUGGUCUCUACUAAAUGAAGAAGUAAAAUUAAUGAGACAAACUGUCCUCCAAAAUCAGAUGGCAUUAGACAUUAUAACAGCAACACAAGGGAGUACAACUGUGCAAUUAUAAAAGCUGAAUGUUGUGUGUACAUUCCUGAUACUUCUUCUAAUAUCUCAAUGGCUACUCCAGCUAUUAAAUGGCAGGCUAAUCCCAUAUCAGAUUCUGAAAUUCCCUGGACCUUCUCUUAUCUUCUUUGUGGGAGGCUAUUACUGGCUCUUCCUAGUAGAAAUUUGUGUUGGUUGUAUUCAUUAUAGUCUUGUUGACCUUAUUAUUUGGCCCAUCCAUAGUUGGUGGGAACCCCUGCAGUAUUCUCUAAUCUCCUGAAAGAUGUUAUGGGCAUGAGGUGAAAGGAAGACCAAGAAACAAAAUAGCAAAAUAGCAGGGAUCUAGGAUGACCAGUUGCUCAUGGGGAACAAAAGGCCACGAGCAGCCAGAACCUCAGCAUUUAUCAGUUACAUGUACAUAGAGGAAAAUCAUAAGGAAUUUAUCAGAUGGCUUAGGGGGUGGUAGUAGUUUUAUGCUAAGGAAGAUCUUUAUGUUGAUGAGGACAGUGAGGAGAGAUGGUAGGUUAAUAAAGAGUUUGUCCUUUUUCCAAGGUGAAACCCUUUUCUUAUUACCUCUUGGUUCUCAAGGAACCAGGAUGUCUUUGGCUGAUGCAGUCUUGCUGUGGAGCAUCACAGCAUCACAGGACUGUGGGAAGCCCUGUAAUUGGCUGCCACCUUAUAUCUGCAGGCUGCACCACCUUAACUACCUCUAGGAGUUAAGUUUGGUAGUUAAGCAGCACCUUGCCUACCUAGCUUGUUUGGUCUAUUCAGGGAUUAUGUUAAUCAGUCUGCUUUAGGAGCCUGCACAUGGGAAAUUUGAAUUGACCUAUAACUCUUGGUCUUGCCACUGUUGCUAAGUUACCUGCUGGCAUCUCAGAACCCAAAUCCCUCCUCCCCAAUACCCUAUAUAUUUGAUACUCCUUCCUUGAAUAAACGAGACUUGAUUGGA